AUGAGGCGCUCGAGGAAAGCAGCAGCAGCAGCCCCAAACACCCACGUCCGCGACAAGAUUCCGGACGUCUCUCGCUCGGCCAUGGCCAACCACAACCCACGCACCGCCGCUGGCGACAAGCGCGCCGCCGACACGUCCGACUCGGCAGACACCAUCACUGCUCCGCCAAAGAAACUGAAGUUCAUUCCCGACGAUGCUGUUGGCGAACCCCUCGAGAAGGACAAGAAGAGCUUGAUGAAGUACAACACGUCCGGUUCUGUGGUCGGCAAGCCCACCGCCGUGCCGCUCGACUCUCCAGACAUCAGCACUGCCCAGCCAAUGAACGGAGAACUCGAUCCCAACACUGCCGUUGGCACCCCUAUCGAGCAGAAGAAGACUCGGAGCGCAGUCGAUGACUUCCUCGCUCGCGUUGCUGCCCGCAAGUCCGCCGCCCGCUCGGACGAUUCUGCAGAACUCAAGACCGCCCAGCCACGGCAACAGCAGCUCACUCCCAACCCUGCCCAAAACACUGCGAUGAAUGAGGAAGUGUAG